CCUUGCAACGCCCUCAUUUAAUGCUUCCUCUCUCUCCAAACCCCAAAAAGCUUUCCCUCCCUCCUUCGCCUCUCUCUCUCCCUCUCUACAUAUCGGUUCUCGAGAUCGAAUAGUUUCCGAUCGGCGGAGCUGGGCUUGGGCUGCUCGGAGCUCGGUCUUCAGGGAUUUCAGGCGCCGAUCUCGACGCUAUCUUUCGUUCCUCAGCUGAGGCGCUCGUUUUCCUGAGCGACUCCUUGAAGAUCUUUUUCUUGGGCGUGAGGAAUGUAUCGGAGUACCAGAUCGCGAGUCAGGGAGAAGCCCCACCGGGCCGGUGGCGCGGGUGGGGCCAGCGCGAUCGCCGCCUCCGAGCUCCAGCCGGUCUCCGGUGACCGCGGAGGAAAUUUUCAAUUAAAAAAACAAACAAGUGCGUCAAAGUUAGCAUUGGAUUCUUCUUGUCGCGGUAGCUCUUCAACAGAAGAAAAUUCUGUUGCCCUUGAAUUCAGGCAGAGCUCUUGUAAGAAAGCCAACAGCACACCUAUGAAAACACUAAUAGAUGAAGACAUGUCAAAAGAGAUGGAAACUAGACAUCCAUCACCAAGUGUAAUAGCAAGAUUGAUGGGUCUUGAUACACUGCCUCCUCAGAUGGUCCACAAACAAAAGAAGAAUAAGGAUAGUUGUUUCGAGACAGCAUCAUCUGUAGGGUUUCAAGAGAAAUGUGCAUGCUCUGAGGACCAUUCGUAGAAUAGCAUUGAUGAGCACCAAGAAUUCAAAGAUGUUUUUGAAGUCAUGGAUACAUCAAAGGUUAAGAGACACAAGAACCAGCCUGUUCGAAAGCGGAUGGUAAGCUCUAAAGGAAGUGAUGCUGACAUGGACUUGAUAAGGCAGAAAUUCAUGGAUGCAAAGCGUCUCUCAACUGAUGAAGUGCUUCAGAACUCUAAGGAAUUUAAUGAUGCAUUGGAAGUCCUAGAUUCAAAUAAGGAUCUUUUCCUAGAAUUUCUUCAAGGACCUGAUUCUUUAUUUACGAAGCAUCUCCAUGAUCUGAAUCAUGCACUGCCAUCUUCUCAUGCCAGCCACAUCACAAUUUUAAAAUCGUCUAAAACUACUAAAUAUGAAAGCGGUGAAGUACGCUCUAAAUCAGAGAGAAAUUCUGACAGGUUCACUUGUAUGCGAAAAGAAGCUAACAAUGCUUUUAGGAAACCUUCGACUAGCCUUAUUAGUCACUCUUCCAAAGAUCUCAAUGAUUCACUUCCAAAUAAGAUGUCAAAGUCACGUUAUGCAGGCAAAACUGAAGCUUCUGAUCAUCCCACUCGGAUUGUUGUUUUGAAACCAAGCCUUGAGAAGGUCCAAAGCAUGGCAGAAGCUGUUCCACUGACCCAUCAGAAUUUUCAGCUGGGAUACGGAAGGCACAGGGAAUAUCCAUUAUCUGGAAUUCACGAGUCAUAUAUGGAACAGCAGAGGUUGUUUGAUAAUGUGGAAAUGUUGGGGCAUAAGGCGAAGGGCUCAAGAGAAAUUGCUAGAGAGGUUACAAAACAUAUGAAGCGCAAUGUAAGUUGCAUUGACAAAAAAGUGUUUGCACGAGGACUGAACAUGUACACUGGGACUGAAAGCUCACAUAUUUUGUCAGGCAUAUCCAAGACCAACAACUCUGAGACAUUUCGCCGAACUUCCGACCACUGCGGUGUCUGGGGUAAUAAUUUCAGCCCCUCAUCAUCAUAUUCAGCUGAAUCAUCGGUGAGCAGGGAAGCUAGAAAGCGCCUGUCAGAAAGAUGGAAAAUGACCCACCAGUAUCAGGGGGUGGGGCUUGUUGCUAGAGGUUCGAGCACAUUGGGUGAAAUGCUUGCUUUAUCUGACAGAGAAAGCACUCUGGAUCCAUUAGUUGUUCAGAAACUUCCAGAUGAAAAGCUGGCCAGAGAUGAGAUACUUGGGAUGUGGGAUUGUCCAUUGGGUAUCAGCAGUAAAGAUGGCUGGAAGGAUGGGAGUUCUAGAAACUUAACAAGGUCCAAGUCUCUUCCAGCUUCAUCCACUGUUUAUGGAAGUCCAAAAUUAAGCAACAGAAAGCGAGUUGGUAGAAACAAUAAUUGUUAUAUGCUGAAGGAUGUACUUAAUAUGGGCCCAGAUGAUUCUUCAGAUGGCGACUUUUGCAGACGGAGGCCAUUGAGCAGGAGCUCUAAGAAUCGCAGUAACAAGCCUCAGUUGUCUGAUUCUUAUGGAGAGGAAACUAUGCUGCCGGAACAAGAGAUUCAUGUGAAUUCAGAAGAAAUAAGGAAUAACAUUCGUGUAAGACCUGCACACCCUGAUGAAGAGGAGCCUGUACGACCUGCACACCCUGAUGAUGCUCUUUCUGACAGAAAAUAUCUGACUGAGAGUUCCAUGCUUCUUGGGUGUAGAGAUGCAAUGCAGCUUCCAACAGCUCAAGAAGAGCAGGUGCAGCAGCGGAUAGCAUCUAACAUGCUAUCGGAUGAUGAAGGACUUUCUGCUCAUAAUCAGGACGAUAUAGUCAUAGAGGGAACAUCAACUGACCAUCCUGAAGUGGAUUCCCUACCCCUUAAGUAUGUUGCAAUGGAAUCAGGGCCACCUGUUAGCUCUAAGGAGUGUGAACAGCCAAGUCCAAUCUCUGUUCUAGAGCCUCCAUCUGAAGAAGAAACUUCUAGUUCAGGAUGCUUUGAGAGAAUCAGUGCAGAUCUUAAAGAGCUUCGAAUGCAACUUCGACUUCUUAAGCUGGAGUCAGCAAACACCUGUGCAGAGGAACCAGAGGUUCUUACGAGCGAUGAGGAUACUGUUGCAUGCUGUCACUCUCCACUACCAAAAGGAUCAAUGCUUCAAGCAUUUAGGGAUGAUGAUGACAGAGACUUCUCAUACCUGCUUGACAUGCUCAUUGAAUCUGUUGUUCAUGGAGUUAAUCAUGGUAGACUCUCUGAUGCAUUCUACUCACCGGAUUUUCCUGUAGGUCCAGGUGUGUUUGACAAACUUGAAAAGAAGUACAAUGUGCUGGCUUUGUGGUCAACAUCAGAAAGGAAGCUGUUGUUUGAUCUUAUAAAUUCCAUUCUAGUGGAUCUGGUUGCCCCAUGCAUGGAUCUGCAGCCGUGGCUGGUCUCAAAAAGGUGUAAGCCCAUGUGGGACCGUGAGGGUCUUGUUGAAAGGGUGUGGCGGAUCGUGGUCAGAAAACGGAAAGAGAUAGCCAGCAAUCAGGAGGAGCUGGUCGUGGAACCAAGGUGGUUGGGAACAGAAGAAAAUGUUGAUACAAUUGGAAGAGAGAUAGAGAAGAUGUUGACCGAAGACCUUCUGGAGGAACUGGUUUCUGACUUCAUCUUAGGGUAGGAGUUAGGACUGCUAGAGCUCUGUCAUUAGAAGUUUUAGAUGGCAACGGCAAGGAAUCAAUGACUUUGUCACUACCCAUAUAAAUAUUGAAAUGGCUUGACAUUCCUCAAGGAUCGGAAUUAAGACUGGGUUCAGCAUACACCUAUUUCAGGUGUCCUCCAUCAUACAAGAUUUACCAGGUUGUCACAAACUCUGUGGCAUCUCCACCAGUCCAUUUAGUGAAUUCAUUGGAAAGCCAAUCCAUCUGUCUAGAAGGCUGGUGCAAAUCAUUGGUCACUAAUCAUCAAGUGUUGUUUCAGCUAUUGUAAUCUACAACUCAUAGGUGAGGUAUCAUUCCUCCGAAUCAGGUUGCGUCUGAGCUUAUGUCUAUACUACAUUCACAUUAUAUUGAAAGCUAAUUUCUGGUACCGAGGUUUUGUGACAUAAUGAACUUUUAAUUGAACAUACCACUUAUUUUCCAA